AUGGAGCUGUUCUACUUCUACUACGGCUGCACCCUGUGCCUCUUGUUCGCGCUCCUCCUCGUCCGCCAUGGCCGCGCCACCAAGCAGCAGCCGCGCCGUCGGCUUCCCCCCGGCCCCUGGCAGCUGCCGAUCGUCGGCAGCCUCCACCACCUGGUGCGCGGGCUCCCCCACCACGCCAUGCGCGACCUCGCCCUCCGCCACGGCCCGCUCAUGCUGCUCCGCGUCUGCGAGCGCGUCAUGGUGGUCGUCUCCUCCGCGGAGGCCGCGCGGGAGAUCUUCAAGGGCCACGACGCCGCCUUCUCGGAGCGGCCGAGCAGCCCCGGCAUCGACGAGCUCAACCGGGAGGGGCAGGGGAUCAUCUUCGCCCCCUACGGCGACCACUGGCGCCUGCUCCGCCGGAUCGUCAUGACGGAGCUGCUCACCCCGCGCCGCGUCGAGUCCUUCCGCCACAUCCGCGAGGAGGAGGCGUCCCGCCUCGUCGCCUCGCUGCGCGCCGCCGCCGCCGCCGCCGACGUCGACCAGCUGCUGGAGCAGUUCAUCGCCGACUCGGCCGUGCGCGCCAUCUUCGGCGACAUGCUGCCCGACCGCGCCGCGUUCCUGAGGAUGGUCAAGCAGGGGACGGAGCUCUCCUCGCUGUUCGACCUCCGCGACCUCUUCCCCUCGUCGCGGCUCGCGCGGCUGCUGGCGUCGUGGAGCGGCGGCAAGGCGGAGCGGCACCGGCAGGAGAUGUUCCGGCUCAUGGACGACAUCCUCAGGCAGCACGACGGGAGGAAGGCCGCCGCCGGAGACGGAGACGAGGACGAACACGUGGACAUGGUGGAUGUGUUGCUGCGCAUCCAGAGCCAAGGCAACAUGCGGGUCUCCCUCACCAGAGGAGUCAUUAGGACGUUCUUGGGCGAUGUGCUUGGAGCUGCACUGGAGACCUCAACGACAACUCUCCAGUGGGCCAUCGCCGAUCUAAUGGCUAACCCAAGGGUGAUGCAGAAGGCACAGCAAGAGGUGCGUCAGGCGUUCGCAGACCAAGCGAAGGUAGACGAGGCAGGGCUAAGCAAGCUGCGCUACCUGAAGGCAGUGAUCAAGGAGACCCUGCGGCUGCACCCCCCUGCCCCGUUCUUCCCCAGGGUGUGCCUGGAGGAUCGCACGAUCCAGGGGUACGACCUGCCCAGGGGCACGAUCGUGCUCACCAACGCGUGGGCGAUCUCGAGGGACCCCAGGUACUGGGCGGAUCCCGAGGAGUACUCGCCGGAGAGGUUUGAAGAAGGCGGCGGCGGCGGCGGCCGCGCCACCGUCGAUUUUCGGGGCUCGGAUUUCGAGUUCACGCCGUUCGGGGCGGGGAGGAGGAUCUGCCCCGGGAUGAACUUCUCGCACGUGAACGUCGAGCUCGCCUUGGCCAGCCUUCUCUUCCAUUUCGACUGGGAGCUGCCGCCGGGAGCUGAGCCGGAGAAGCUGGACAUGACGGAGCAGCUGGGGAUCACGAUGAGGAGGAAGUCCAAACUGUCUCUGCGUCUUGUCCCGUAUGUUCCGCUCUAGAUUGAUAAUUAACGCUUCUAGAAAUCACUAGUAGUUGUGUGUCAGUGUGUUGAUCAGACUGGUUCUGCAUGCGUG